GCUGGACUUCGCUUCCCAUGUGCCACCGCGACGAGGGGCGGAGCAGAGCGGGUGUAACGCACUGGGCAGCUCGGCCGGGGAUCUCAUGCGCGUUGCUUGGUUCCGCUGGGAAAGAGGUCCGCGGAGAUGGAGGUGACCGCUCUCGCGCCAGGAGCUGUCAGGAAGAAGCUCUGAUGGAUACUUUGCCUCUGACACCAGGAGAGCUGGUGUGUUUAGGAUCCAGCCUGGCCUUCUCUGGUCUCUUUUAUUACCUACACAGGAAGAAGGCCAAAGUAGUGACCAAGAUCCAGGAAGCGCCAAAGCUUCAAGUCAACGACAGUCUUCCCAGCAUCCUCUCUGCCACAGGAAGCAGCUGCCUACACUAUGUUGCCAUUGAAGGAGUAGUCCAGCCCGUCGAGGCGGCUCUGACCAGCCCAUACCAUGAAGAACUGCAGGGGGUGAUCGAGAGGCUGGUGCUAAAGGAGCAUCGACUGAUCUGGAAUAGCUUGGCCCGCAGCUGGACGGACAGCGAGCGGGUAGUACUGGAGCAAGUCCACACGGUGCCAUUCGUCCUGGCAUCCCCCAGCGGCAAGGCCUCGGGGCAGGUGAGCGUGGAGUCGCCCCUCCACGCUGUCGAGCUGCCCGUGGAGACGGUGUACGAGCGCUUCCAGCAAACUUCGCAUGGCUUCAAGGACUUGCUCAGCCACUACCUGAGCGGGGAGAAGCCCAAGGGCUUCCUGGAGACAGAAGAGAUGCUCCUGGUGGGGAGCAGCCUCACCGGCAUCGGCGAGCUCGCCCUGCACCGGGACGGCUCCCUCCACCUCCAGCCCCCGGCGGACGGCACCGGCUACUUCCUGCGCCUGGGGGACUGGGAAACCAUCCUGGCUGACCUGCGCUCAGUCAGCAGCUUCUGGAAGUGGGCUUCACUGCUGUGCGGCUUGGCGGCUGCGGCUGUUGUCCUCCGUGCCCUUUGCCGAGCUUACCACCGUCACAAGGUGCACCAGGAGCAGGAGGCACAGCGGCAGGAGUUUGAGAACCUCCGGCGCCACCAGAGUGCCGGCCUGGAUCUGUCGGAAGAGCCGCCCGAGAACGCCUGCGUCAUCUGCCUCACCAGCCUCCGCGAGUGCGUCCUGCUCCCCUGUGGGCACGUCUGCUGCUGCUUCCGCUGCUUCCAGGCCUUCCCCAGCCGCACCUGCCCCAUCUGCAGGAGCCCCAUAGACCGGGUGGUCCCCCUCUAUCAAGCCUGAGGGCACAGCUCUGGAUGGUGUUGAAAGUGUCCCACUAGGUGCCCCCAGGAGAGCCUGCGAAGGUUAAGAGAACAGGCGUGCGAUUGCAUGGAAAGCGAGGGUGUCCUUUAGUGAUGGAGGGGUGCAAACUCCACCUCUUGAGCUGGAUACACAUUUUCCUCCACCCCACCCCCCCAAAAAAAAUUAUUGUUCCUAGGAGGUGUGUCCAAAGGGGAUAUUGCAAUAGUUAGGUCAUCAUCUCAGCACUGCUAGGCUGGGAAGGAGCUGCAAGCUGUGUUGAUCCAUUGCACUUUCUGCCCAGAGGCAUGGAAGGAGCCCCGGAGCUACUUGGACCUCUCCUGCCCAUGUGCCAAGUUGCCGCAGGAGACAGGAGGAGGACCUCGCAGAUUCAGCAGCGGGUGAGGAUCUUCAUCCCCAACUUCAGCUUCUUGGAAUCUAGGCCACGUUCCACUCUGAGGCAACCUCUCUGAGCCCAGCUGACCACCAUCUCUCCCUGCUUUGACCUCCCCGGCCCCCAAGGAAAAAGGGUCACAGUGGGUUAAAGGCAACACAUUU